AUGUAUUUGAAUCUAAAACACCAUACCGAAUUCUUAACCAAAAAGAAGAAAAAUAACUACAUUAUCGUUUCCUUUACCUUCCCCUACGAUACCCAGAGAGAACCGAAAGAGAAAGAGAAACUUGAUAAACAGCAGAAAUCUAAACAGAGACCUACAGAACCUGUGGAAUAUGCAAAUGAAAGCAGUCCCCUUAGCCAUCAGAGAGCCAUGGCGUCGGAAGUCCCCUUCGCCCUGACGCCCUUCCCGCAGGAGGCGCAGGCGAAGAUCAAGGCGAAAUUCCUCGGUUUCAGUAACGGCUUGGUGGACGUGGGCGGGCGCCACGCCAUGCCCGCGCACUACGGCCUCUUCGCCAACAAAUACUUCAACUACAAAUUCCAGGCGGAUGACGUUCUGGUGAUGACGUUCCCGAGGAGCGGCACGACUUGGACGCAGGAAAUCGUGUGGACGAUGAGGAACCAGCUGGACUUGGACACCGCGGCGGAAGUCCCCCUCGACACCAGAGUCCCCUUUUUGGAGAUCUCAUCACUUGUAUAUCAUCAUAACAGCACACACACACUACCUUAUCGUAACCCAUACAUCGCCUUUUGUUACAGAUUAGAUUCAAUCAUUCCAGUUCACAUCAGGCCGCCGUCAGGAGAUGCAGAGGGCUUCUGGAGACUGCAGCCGGCGACGAAUCCGCUGGCCAAGGACGUCUAUCUCGACCAGGUGGACGCCCUCGCUUCACCUCGCACGAUCAAGACUCACCUGCCCUUCUCUCUCCUCUCACCUGACCUCGUCAACUCCUGCAAGGUAGUGUACGUAGCCAGGAAUCCCAAAGAUGUGUCCGUCUCUUUCUACCAUCAGCAGCGCCUCGUGAAGGCAGCUGAGUAUGUGGGAAGCUUUCACGAAUACAUUGUGGAUUUCUGGUGCCAAGACCACCUCCUGCGGGCACCGUACUGGUCGCACCUGGCGGAGGGAUGGGCGAGGCGACACCACCCCAACGUCCUGUUCCUCUUCUAUGAGGACAUGAAGGAGGACUUCCUGCGGGAGCUCGGCCGCCUCAACUCCUUCCUGGGGACAGGGCUGACGGAGAGCCAGUUGCAGACGGUCGCUCGCCACGCCUCCUUCUCCGGCAUGAAGAGCAGGGGCGCCACCAACCCCACCGCCGCCCUGCAGGAGGCCGGGAGCUUCAAGAAGGGAGAAGCGGAGUUCAUCAGGAAAGGAACUACAGGUGAUUGGACCAACUUCUUCACGCCGGACCUCGAGGAGAAGUUCCAAGAGUGGAUGGAGAAGUGGCAGCCCGCGUCGAGGGAGAUCCCCUUCAAGUACCACAUCGCGAAGGAAAUGUGA